GAUAAAAUAUCGUGCUUGUGUCUAACGGAGAAUCACUGAGGAGUAGUGGCAGAAUAAGCGGUCAGUGCGAAGGCGAGUGUGUCCAAAGAUCUGAGAGACAGGGGUUUCUGACGCGAAGAACCGGUGCGGACAUGUCAAUGAAAAAUUACUACCCUGUUAGGAGGGAACAGAGUGACAGUCCAGACAUUGCUCUGAUCGGCGGAAGCGCGGAAGGCCUGCUAUGCGCCUUGAGCUUGUCUCAUCUCGAUUCUGUGAAUGUGAAGGUGUACGAGGCAGCAGAUGACGUCGGGCUAGGUUCAAAGACCUUGGUACUUUCUCCAAAUGCACAGAAUGCAAUCUACGCUAUCAGCCCUUCUCUUUACAAGAGCCUAGCAGAAGGGGCAUUGCAUACCAGCCAUGCAGAGCCUUCAGGAAAGCACAGUGGGAGCCAGCGGACAUCCAACACUGGCGAGCCACUGUACACUCCUGCAUCUCGAGGCAUCCACACACCCUUGGAAGUUGACGGGGCGCUGCUGCACUCCCUCUGCCUGCAAGCGCUGCCACGAGGCUCUGUGGAGACUUCCCACCAGCUGACUGGGCUGCAUGAGGACCGUGAUGGCAUGGGAUUGACCUUCCAGGGGAGGCCCUCACUGCGCACAAAGCUGGUCAUUGGAGCAGACCCAUCAUCGCCUGUUUUUGCCAAGGCUCUACAGGGGGGCUCACCGUGGGGACGUGCUCGCAUUGCGCAGCUGUGCAAUGACGUGGCGCCUCCUCUGGGAUCAGACAACUCUGUGCAGGCUUUGGGACUGCCCAUUGAAGCGGUGGUGGAAUUGACAUACAGCUUGUCUGAGCAUGGGCUCAUGCCAGCAGCCAUCAGGAACUUUGUUGCUGUCAUGUCGGAGCGCACAGCCAAUCACAACCUGCUGCAGGCUCAGAAGCCAUUCCCUCCCAUUGCACAGCCAGACGCCCUGAAGAGUGCUGCAUCGCCGCCGCUUGGAUCCUCACCCCCAAUCGGUUUUGGCAUCCCGGCUGCCCUGAAGAUGCAGGAUCUAAGGCCACUGGAGCCGCCAAGGGGCUUGUGGAACCAUGCAGCAGCGCGCUGAGUAUGAGGUGUACACAAUAUGUUAGAAUGUAUGAGAACGUUGUGAUGCUGCAAUGACUUUGACACGUAUUCCCUGUAUUCAUGAGAUUGACUGAGAGCCUCUGACCUGAGAUUGGCGCGUUGCUAAGAAAUCCAAGCACUUUUGUGGGGCAGCCCUGCGUCUAGACCUUCCUUUCUUUUGUGUUUACUGUCUCAAUGUCAGUAAUUGGUCUCAUCACCUGUUUGUUGCCUCCAUGCCUUUUUGUUGGCGCAUUUGCCUUGCAAGCCUCAGUGCAGCGUGAUGAAGUGGUGAUGAGUGAGAAGUGGUACUUACUGUGAAGCUUUGCAUGAUC